GGCCGGUAGAGGACUGUGAAAGAAAAGUUGUCCCCCAGGAUGGACUUCACCGCGCAGCCCAAGCCUGCCACUGCCCUGUGUGGCGUCGGGAGUGCCGACGGGAAGAUUGCUUACCCUCCGGGGGUAAAGGAGAUCACCGACAAGAUCACCACCGACGAAAUGAUCAAACGGCUGAAGAUGGUAGUAAAAACUUUUAUGGAUAUGGAUCAGGAUUCAGAAGAUGAAAAACAGCAGUAUCUCCCACUAGCCUUGCAUCUUGCAUCCGAAUUUUUCCUCAGGAAUCCCAAUAAAGAUGUACGUCUCCUUGUAGCAUGUUGUUUGGCUGACAUCUUUCGAAUCUAUGCCCCAGAAGCUCCAUAUACUUCCCAUGAUAAACUUAAGGACAUAUUUUUGUUUAUUACCAGACAAUUAAAAGGUUUGGAGGAUACAAAGAGUCCGCAGUUUAAUAGAUACUUUUAUUUAUUAGAGAAUUUAGCUUGGGUUAAAUCAUAUAACAUCUGCUUCGAAUUGGAAGAUUGCAAUGAAAUUUUUAUUCAGCUUUUUAGGACUCUCUUCUCAGUGAUCAACAAUAGCCACAAUAAGAAGGUACAAAUGCAUAUGCUAGACUUGAUGAGUUCUAUCAUCAUGGAAGGUGAUGGAGUUACUCAAGAAUUAUUGGACUCCAUUCUUAUUAACCUCAUUCCUGCACAUAAGAACUUAAAUAAACAGUCCUUUGACCUUGCAAAAGUCCUAUUGAAAAGGACAGUCCAGACUAUUGAGGCAUGCAUUGCCAAUUUUUUCAAUCAAGUCCUGGUGCUGGGAAGAUCAUCAGUAAGUGAUUUGUCAGAACAUGUGUUUGAUCUGAUUCAGGAACUUUUUGCUAUAGAUCCUCAUUUAUUAUUAUCUGUCAUGCCACAGCUGGAAUUCAAACUGAAGAGCAAUGAUGGAGAAGAACGAUUAGCAGUUGUUCGACUUUUAGCUAAAUUGUUUGGUUCUAAAGAUUCCGAUUUAGCAACACAGAAUCGUCCUCUUUGGCAGUGUUUUCUUGGACGAUUUAAUGAUAUUCAUGUUCCUGUGAGAUUAGAAAGUGUGAAAUUUGCUAGUCACUGUUUGAUGAAUCACCCAGAUUUAGCAAAGGAUCUCACAGAAUAUUUGAAAGUUAGAUCACAUGAUCCAGAAGAAGCUAUUCGUCACGAUGUUAUUGUUACCAUAAUAACAGCUGCCAAAAGAGACCUUGCCUUAGUAAAUGAUCAGCUACUUGGCUUUGUAAGGGAAAGAACGCUGGAUAAACGGUGGCGAGUAAGAAAAGAAGCUAUGAUGGGUUUGGCUCAGCUUUAUAAGAAAUACUGUCUUCAUGGUGAAGCAGGAAAGGAAGCUGCAGAGAAAGUCAGCUGGAUAAAAGACAAACUUUUGCAUAUUUAUUAUCAGAAUAGCAUCGAUGACAAGCUGUUGGUAGAGAAAAUCUUUGCUCAGUAUCUUGUCCCCCACAACCUGGAAACAGAAGAGAGAAUGAAAUGCUUGUAUUAUUUAUAUGCUAGUUUGGAUCCAAAUGCUGUCAAAGCUCUCAAUGAAAUGUGGAAAUGUCAGAACAUGCUUAGAAGUCAUGUACGAGAACUAUUGGAUUUGCACAAGCAGCCUACAUCAGAGGCUAACUGUUCUGCCAUGUUUGGAAAACUGAUGACCAUAGCAAAAAAUUUGCCUGACCCUGGGAAAGCACAAGAUUUUGUGAAGAAAUUUAACCAGGUUCUCGGUGAUGAUGAGAAACUGCGGUCUCAACUGGAGUUAUUAAUCAGCCCAACCUGUUCAUGCAAGCAGGCAGAUGUUUGUGUGAGAGAAAUAGCUCGGAAACUUGCAAAUCCUAAGCAGCCAACAAAUCCUUUUUUAGAGAUGGUCAAAUUUCUGUUGGAAAGAAUUGCACCUGUGCAUAUUGAUUCAGAAGCCAUAAGUGCACUGGUAAAACUGAUGAAUAAAUCAAUAGAAGGGACAGCAGAUGAUGAAGAGGAGGGUGUAAGUCCAGAUACAGCUAUUCGUUCAGGACUUGAACUUCUUAAGGUUCUGUCUUUCACACAUCCUACCUCGUUCCACUCUGCAGAGACAUAUGAGUCCCUGUUACAGUGCCUCCGAAUGGAAGAUGACAAGGUAGCAGAAGCUGCUAUACAAAUUUUUAGAAAUACAGGCCACAAAAUAGAAACAGACUUACCCCAGAUACGAUCGACUUUAAUUCCUAUUUUACAUCAGAAAGCAAAGAGAGGUACUCCACACCAAGCAAAACAGGCUGUUCACUGUAUACAUGCCAUAUUCACAAAUAAAGAAGUCCAGCUUGCACAGAUUUUUGAGCCACUCAGUAGGAGUCUGAAUGCUGAUGUACCAGAACAACUUAUAACUCCAUUAGUUUCAUUGGGCCACAUUUCCAUGUUAGCACCAGAUCAGUUUGCUUCCCCAAUGAAAUCUGUAGUAGCAAAUUUUAUUGUGAAAGAUCUGCUAAUGAAUGACAGGUCAACAGGUGAAAAGAAUGGAAAAUUGUGGUCUCCAGAUGAAGAGGUUUCCCCUGAAGUACUAGCAAAGGUACAGGCAAUUAAACUUCUGGUAAGGUGGCUGUUGGGUAUGAAAAACAACCAGUCUAAAUCUGCCAAUUCAACUCUUCGGUUAUUAUCAGCGAUGUUGGUUAGUGAGGGUGACCUGACAGAGCAGAAGAGGAUCAGUAAAUCUGAUAUGUCUCGCUUGCGAUUAGCUGCUGGUAGUGCCAUAAUGAAGCUUGCUCAGGAACCUUGUUACCAUGAAAUUAUAACCCCAGAACAGUUUCAGCUCUGUGCACUUGUUAUUAAUGAUGAGUGCUACCAAGUAAGACAGAUAUUUGCUCAGAAACUGCAUAAGGCCCUUGUGAAGUUACUUCUCCCCUUGGAGUAUAUGGCGAUUUUUGCCUUGUGUGCCAAAGAUCCUGUGAAGGAGAGAAGAGCACAUGCACGACAGUGUUUACUAAAAAAUAUCAGUAUACGCAGGGAGUACAUUAAACAGAACCCUAUGGCUACUGAGAAAUUAUUAUCACUGUUGCCUGAAUAUGUAGUUCCAUACAUGAUUCACCUGCUAGCCCAUGAUCCAGAUUUUACAAGAUCACAAGAUGUUGAUCAGCUUCGUGAUAUUAAAGAGUGCCUAUGGUUCAUGCUUGAAGUUUUAAUGACAAAGAAUGAAAACAAUAGCCAUGCCUUUAUGAAGAAGAUGGCAGAGAACAUCAAGUUAACAAAAGAUGCACAGUCUCCAGAUGAAUCCAAGACAAAUGAAAAACUUUAUACAGUGUGUGAUGUGGCUCUGUGUGUUAUAAAUAGUAAAAGUGCUUUGUGCAAUGCAGAUUCACCAAAGGAUCCAGUCCUUCCAAUGAAAUUUUUUACACAACCUGAAAAGGACUUCUGUAAUGACAAGAGUUAUAUUUCAGAAGAGACCAGAGUACUUCUCUUAACAGGAAAGCCAAAACCUGCUGGAGUACUAGGUGCAGUAAACAAGCCUUUAUCGGCAACAGGAAGGAAACCAUAUGUUAGAAGCACUGGAGCUGAGACUGGAAGCAAUAUUAAUGUAAAUUCAGAACUAAACCCUUCAACCGGAAAUCGGUCGAGGGAACAGAGUUCAGAGGCAGCAGAAACUGGAGUUAGUGAAAAUGAAGAAAACCCUGUGAGAAUUAUUUCUGUCACACCUGUAAAGAAUAUUGACCCAGUAAAGAAUAAGGAGAUUAAUUCUGAUCAAGCUACCCAGGGCAACAUCAGCAGUGACCGAGGGAAGAAAAGAACAGUAACAGCAGCUGGUGCAGAGAAUAUCCAACAAAAAACAGAUGAGGAAGUAGAUGAAUCGGGACCACCUGCCCCUUCGAAGCCCAGGAGAGGACGUCGACCAAAGUCUGAAUCUCAGGGCAAUGCAACCAAAAAUGAUGAUAUAAGUAAACCUCUUAGCAAAGGACGGAAGAGAGCCGCGGGCAGUCAGGAAAGCCCCGGGGGUCUGGAAGCAGGGAAUGCCAAAGCACCCAAACUGCAGGAUGGAGCCAAAAAGGCAGCCCCAGCAGAGAGACAAAUUGACUUACAAAGGUAAAAAGAAGACUCAUUUACAAAGGGAGAAAAUGAAGGCCAAAGAGAAGCAGCUCCAGCUUCUGCAAAAAUUUGGAUUCAAAAUGUCCCUGAACAGAAAAUGAAGUUAACUUCAGAACACACACUCUCUGCCUUGAAAACCGAAAGGAACUGUUACUUCCUUUCACACGACCGCAGUCCUCUGACGGCCAUGUGCAGCAGAGCUCCUGAGAGAGAGGCUAAAGCAACUCUAUUCUAACCUCCCCCCGGACUUUUCCUAUGAAAAGUCAAUAAUUAAGCAAAUUGCUUAACACUUGGUUCCAGUUCCUGCAUAUCUGGAGUUUAAAGGCAUAAAUACAACAUUAAUUUUCAUGCUGCAUUUUUAUGUUAAAGUAACAGGAUGUCCUUACACUGACACUGAAAAUUCAUCAAUUUUAGAGCCAGGAAUUCCCGUGUUACACAAGAAAAAAGUAGAAGUCUACUGAAUUAAUUUUUUAGAAGAAAAGAGAUCAGAUGAAAUGUUUGUUUUUUUCCUUUUGGAAACUUUUAUGUAUAAUUCUUUCUGCCUGCUUACUUUUCUGCAAAAAUGAGAUGUACAGAUUUCAGUUCCCUGCUAGGAAAAGUGAUGUGGUGGCAAUUUUAUAAAUGUUGCUUUCUGAUUUUUAUCAGAGUGAGAAAAUAAUUAAAAUUAUUAUUGAUUUCCUAUCACUUCAUUUUUUGAUUUCCCCUCCAUUUUAGUUUAAUAUAAUUUGCAAUAAAUGUACAUAUUGUUGUUUCAUAAAGCAUAUCAUUUUAAAAUGGUUUUUACUCCUGUGAUUAUGUUAGAAUAUUUGGAAUUUUAAAGGAGUAAACAUUGUCCGGAAUUUGGUUUUAUAAUGUUUGUCACCAGAUUUUUAUUCAUGUAAAAAAAGUCAGUUUUUUAAAACAGUUGGACUUGGGCAGCUUUGUAAGGCAAGUUGGAGGUGUUUAGGAUUGCUAUCAAUUUUCAGAAUUGUGCUAUUGGGAAAUAAGUGUUCUGCUUUUGUCUGACAGUCUGGGCUCAGUUUUUAAUUUUUAUUUUAGAAAAUAACUGUUGCAUCAAUAUAUUGUUUCUCAGCAUUGUUCAGCAUAGGUAAUGUGUGCACUUCUGUGUACACAUAAUCAUAUUUAAGUUUUUUGCAUAAAAUAAAUGCUUCUAGAUGUCA